UUACCUAACUGUCAGUUGGGAAGGACACAAAGGUUCAGUUACCCAGAGAGCACUGAGCUGAGGGGGACACACAGAAAGAGAACAUAUCUGAGGACUGACACAAACAUGACCAGUGGUGGCUGCGUAUUUGUCCUGUUCUUCCUCUUCCAUGUGUCGCUGAGUGUGGAAAUGACAGGCUUGUACGGCAACUUUACCACCCCCAACUUCCCCCAGCCAUAUCCUGAUAACACGCACAUGGUGUGGAACAUCACCGUGCCGCAGGGCCACAGGGUCAAACUCUAUUUCACCCACUUCAACAUCGAACCCUCCAACCUGUGCGAAUACGACUACAUUCAGGUUUUGGCAGAGGGGAACGAUACCGUGCGGUUCUGUGGAGAAGAAGAGAAGAAUGAUGAACGCACCCCGAGGAACACUGUCAUCCUCUCAGCCGACAACCACAUGUCAGUGGUCUUUAGGAGCGACUACUCUAAUGAGGAGCGAUUCACCGGCUUCCAAGCAUUUUACACCUCAGAAGACAUCAACGAAUGUCGGUCCAGUCUGCAUGAAGAGAGAGCGUGCGACCAUUUUUGCCACAAUUACAUCGGUGGGUAUUACUGCACAUGCAGGCCAGGAUACCUCCUCCAUCUCAACAAAAGAUCUUGUACAGUGCUGUGCCUCAGCCAGGUGUUGACCAACCUGUCAGGCCUUCUAGAAAGUCCUGGUUACCCGAGCCCGUAUCCAUCCAUGAGUCAUUGCAACCACACCAUCCGUCUUCCAGAGGGCUACAAAAUAAUCCUGGACUUUGUGGAGCCUUUUGACAUAGAAGGACACCCAGACGUACCGUGUCCAUACGAUAUGUUGAAGAUUUCGACGGCCGGACGAGAGUAUGGACCAUUCUGCGGAUCGACACCACCGGCCAGUAUCCAAACCGAAAGUCUCCAAGUGCACGUUGCAUUCAGGUCAGACUCGAGUGGGAAAAACAAAGGAUGGAAGAUCAAGUACACGAGUAUGCAGUCUGGAUCACUUGCUAUAACUGAGACCUGACUGUGUAGAAUAAAAAUAACAGAGCCUACAAUCAUAGUUUUUACAUUUAUGUACCGUUGAGACAAACAUUUCUGGUGUAAUGACAGAUUUGUUUUAUAAUAUUAUCCUGUUUUGGGAAGUAAGAAGAAUGAAAUGAUACUUCAACAACUGAGACCAUAUUUAAAAUUAAAUUUGUUUCAUGAUGUUCUGUGA